CUGUUAGACCCCUUGAGACCAAGCAACGGGCUCUACGUCUUAACCACCGUGAAGGUGCAGCGGGCACAAAUUAAUGUUUGCAUGGGUUGGAAUAUGAUUCUACGCAUGAUGGAAAUCAAAUGAGGCACAACAAUGAAAAGACCUACGUAAAAAACUGACAAUUUUUGACACUGCAAAUUGCCGUUGUCUAGGUAUCGAAAUCACCUGACCUACCACCUGGCCGGACCAUCCGAUAUCUUCCAGCGUCUCCAAGCCGCAUAGCGAUCAUGUUUACCGUGAAUGCAAUCAAAAUGUGAGUCUCCUGUUUGAACGUGGAGAGGCGAUUUAGGUCUUAAAGCGCUCACCUUGGUCACCCUGAACAAGGCAAACUGGCCAGUUUGAACACAGAGAGGUACCAAUGAUGUGUUGACGCAGGUAAUAAGCUAAUAAGGAACAGACAGCCUUGAAACAAACCGGGGGAUCCCAUAACGACGAGGAAUUUCGACACUGAGCGAGAGGUAUAGCUGUGUAACAGUUGACAACAGCUUGGUGGGGAGGAACGUUACCGGUAUUAGUCUUCGCUGGUUGAGAGGAAAGGUCUUAUCAUUUGGCGGCUACAUGAGUGAUAUUUUGUGUCUAUUAAUUCUUUGUAAAUACUGAACGCUCAGACAGCAGACCGCGGCAAAUCAAGCCACAUUGAAAUCAGACAUUAACUGGAAAAGGAUGAAAGAGAGAAAGCUUAUGCAUUGGGAUUGAAACAGUUCGCAAAAUUACAAGAAAAAAUUUAAGCCAGUUUAAGAUUGUAAGUGCAGAAGGAAAAGGACAACAGUAUUCAAAAGAACAGCAUUAAAGCACUGGACUGCUUGGUUCCACAGCUCAUUCUAUAUGCAUAACUUCGAAUGGACGAAGGUCGCCUCAGUAAUGAGAGGAGUAUAUGAGAAAACACGGAAAGAUUGGUGUUAUUCAUUAGGUUCGAUUUAAUGAAAUUUCUAGGGAUUUGUACAUAUCCCUAGCACCUGGCAAUUCGCAUAAUCAGGUGAGUUAGCGGUCAAACUAUCUACUCUGAAACAUGUGAAGGUUUUGAUCUCGUCGAAAAUAAUACGUUAUAAUUUGUCCACUUUAGGAUUCAGAAAAGAGAGAUGGCUACACUUUUCAAUUCCAAGAAAGUUGAAGCAAGUGGUCGCCCGGAAUUUUUGAAUAUGUCUGAGCGAUCUCCUCAGGUUCAGUCAGCAAAUUGGAAAGAAGAGACGGGCUUGCAGAAGACUCUUCAGCUUUUAAACAAGACCGAGAAAAACGUCGUAAAUCAAAUUGCCACAGAGCAACGUGUCAUACAUAAACGAUUCCUUCGACAGCUUUCACUGUCGCGCCUUGCGUAUGCGCGUAUGAUGGGGGAUAGAGAACAAGAAAGGGCCCUUCGAGCCCAAAAUAACGAACAGCAGCGCAGCAGAAAUGCAGAAGAUAACGAUUUAAUGUUAAAGAAGAUACUCAACAGAAAGUCAAGGUCGUUUGGACCGGGGCUUGACGGAGGUCCGGUCAGGAAACCGCUUCCAAUUCAGCCGCCAACGCCUGCGUUCCCAGAGUAUCCAUCUAAACCAUCGCGCAGCAAAUCACUGGGAGACAAAACGUGCCUUAAUUUUGAUGAAAUUGCGCGCCUUUUACGACCGAAGAGCGUGGUCAGUAUUGCAGAACCAGUCGUGGAACUUCGACCAACGACGGCGUUCGAGCUUGUAACUCCAGACGGAGUGUCAGAAAACGACGAGGACGGCGAUUUAGAGAAGGCCAGCACAAAACCUAAUGACGUUUUAGAACCGACCGAAGUGAAAAUGAAACAAGAUUUACCACCCAUAAACUGCGAUAAUAAGAAAAUUAGAAAAGAACCGGCAAAACAAAAACGCGCGUAUUCCAUUUCCUUUGGAGAAUUGAGAGGUUCAGCUUCGCCCAGUGACAGAAAUUUAUUGGACGACUUGGAAGAUUUGCCAAAUGUAAGCACCCACCGCCCAUGCACGACCCAAUUUGCAGGUACAAUGGGUUCGUCAUCAGAUGCUGGAGAAAAUCUGAGCAAAUCCAGCAAAUUGUGCAAAAGAAAAGGAAAGAAACACAACCAUGGAUACAAAAUUCCUUCCACGAACGACAAUGCAUAUAGAAAUGUCAGUUUGAAGGACUCUCAGCUAAAAUGGGAUAACAUGGAGGAGAGAAUGCGUGGAUUUUGUGAUUCUAUUAAAUCACUUGAAAUGGAGACAAAUAUACACAAGGAUUAUUACUCAUCGCGGAUGAUGGAAACAUCUCGCAUACGCCGCAUGCAGCAGAUUCCUCUCGUUCUUCCGGGCACCCCAGAUGACGAAUGGAGAGAAAAUAUCCAAAAUUCGCGUGUGCCAAAUAUGACAUUUAAACCUUUGGAUUACGACAGCGUGGAUGAAUACAGUUCUAGAUCAGCUUACAUAGAAUUCCCAGCCCCUGUGUCUCAGGUAUGGGCACCGCCGGUCAUGGAGUAGCACAACGACUGAAUGUGUUAGGUGUGAAAACACAAUCAAGCGUUAGCUGUGAAUUUGCAAUUAAAUGCAAUCGCGCAUCGCCUAGCGUAUUUUCAUUGCUGAGGACUCGGUUAUUGAGGAAUCGGUUGAAGCUGUAUACGACUUUUGCUUGUGCAGAAAUGUGGAUUUGUUUUGAAUAUUUAAGCUUAAUUUUGCAAAGACACCGACAAAUUUACACGGCUAAUUUCGACGUCGUUGGCUUACUAAGGUCGGUUAUAGGCCUAUGGUAAACCUGUCGUUUGCAUUUACUCUUAACGACGUUUUAAAUCAUUUGUUAUGUAAAAUAAGAAGAGUGCUGUUAUGAUAGUGGGGAAAUGAAAUGAGGCUAGUCUACAGAUUAAAAAUAUAUUUUUUUUAUUUGUG